CAAAAGUUGAACGGUUUUUCGCACACGAGACUUGCUUAUAUCAACAUUAAAAUACGGUUAAGACGAAGAGUAGGUCAACUCGGUCUAUGAUCAACAGAUUCAAAACUUUUAAGAGCUCGACAAAGCUAUUUGAGCUAUUUGUAUAAGACACACAUCGUAUGACUGACACAUAUAAAGCUAUUAUAUGAAUAACUCUUACAGAGAGAGCAAAACUUCAGUAUCUCGAAACAUUUCGUAAGAAUAACGAUGAAAUCGAUCUUCGUUGAUCUUUCACUGCUGAUUUGUGCUUUACUUCUGUUUGACCUUUCUGCAGCUUUUGUCAAGCGCAAUUUAAGUUCCCGAAAUGAGGAAAUUGUAUCGGAAUCCCAUGAAAACAGUCAAAAUGAUGUCCAGGCCACCAAAAAAGCCACAAAAAGUGCAAAAAACGAAAACAAGGUCUCUCAAAAUGUCAACAAACCAAUUUACAACAUCACUCAAGAAGUUAUCAAUCUGCAACAGCUGCUGAAGAAGCGCAAUGUGUCUGUUACGUCACUGAUGACGUCAUCUUCAUUUUCAUUGCUGUCAAUCAGUUGCGAAGUUUGUCUGGUGUUCGCGGAACACCUUUCGGAACUUCUGGAUGAAAACUUCACGGAAGACGCCAUAGCCGAGAUUGCUGUUGAGUUCUGCAAGGUGGCUGACAUGUACCCUCCCCACAUCUGCACUCUCGCCAUCCGGGAGUGGAACGAGACCUUCUUCUGGAUACUGGACAACAGUGUGUUCGAACCCAAAGAAAUGUGUGGACUCAUUUCCACAUCGUGCGGGGAUCCUGUUUAUCCGCCUUCAGCCUGGAAUCUUUCCUUCCCCUCAACCGUCAAACCACCUUACAAGCCCAUGAAAAAACCCCCCACCGGGUUGCCCACUCUGAAAGUGCUCUUCGUCACUGACUUCCACGUGGACCCCGAAUACACCACAGGGGCCAAAGUGGACUGCGGGGACCCCCUGUGUUGUCGGACUGCAGAUCACAAGAGUGCUAAGAAGGGGGGAAAAGUUGCUCCCAAAUGGGGUGCCUUGGGCAAGUGUGAUGUGCCCCCUCGUACCCUGGAAACCCUGUUUGACCAGGUGAAAGGGGAGAAGUUUGAUUUGGUCCUCUUCACUGGAGACAUCUCUCCCCACGAUGUGUACAACCAGACCAUCGAGAGUCAGAAGUACCUCUAUAACCUCACAUACUCCAUGUUCAUGAGACACUUUCCGAACACACCUGUGCUGUCUGCAAUUGGGAACCACGAGUCUAAUCCCGUGGACCAAUUCAUCCCUCCUUUCUUCGGUCCCGGGGAGUCCAAACACCCAAUGGAAUGGCUCUACAAUCAGAUGGCACACAACAGCAGACGAUGGCUUCCCAAGGAGACCGAGGAAACCAUCAAACGAGGUGGCUUCUGGUCUUGGGAAGUAGUGCCUGGUCUGAAAGUGGUAGCAAUCAACACCAACUACGGCGUCCAUGCCAACUGGUACAUGAGGAUCACCAACCAGGAUGUAGUAGAUCAGGUGCAGUGGCUGAUAGACGAACUGCAGCAUGCAGAGGACCAGGGAUUGAGGGUCUGGAUCAUUGCACACCACGUGGUGCCCGACGAUCAGGACUUUCAGAAAUGGUACUACAAAGUGCUCCAGAGGUACUCCGGAUCCAUCGCUUCCAUAUUCUACGGCCACUCGCAUCUGGACGAUUUCCAGGUCUACUUGGACUCUACCCAGAAUGACAUGCCAGUCUUGGCUGGCAAAGUAGGCCCGGGAGUGACCGGGUAUCAUGGAGAUUAUGCGAUGAACUUCGGGUUCCACGUGGUGACUACAGAUGGAAAGAGAGAGAAUUCCACAUUCGGAGUGCUGGACAUCGAGACUAGGUUCCUCAAUCUCACAGAAACCCAACAAACUGGUACACCAAUUUGGCGUAAAGAGUACAGUAUGCGUGAAGAGUACCGACUCAAAUCUCUGUUUCCUGAAGACUACUUGGGGUUAGUGGACCGUAUGCGCCAAGAUAGUAACAUCACCAAGUUGUACUACUAUCGCAAGUACAAGAGUUCACGGCCAUUCGACGCAUGCGACGAGGAGUGUGUUGAAAGCACUAUAAAUAGUCUUAUCGUCCAUUUGUAAACAUACCUAUUCAUGACAUGGACAUGGAACACUUUCAAGAUGCAGUAAUCAGGUCAUUGCAUUACACUGAUUUAAUAGAUUUAGUUUGAGGCCAUUAUUAAUAAAGUUCAUGUUAGAAAUUAACUAGACUGAGUAGAAACUGAAUAUACCAUCAUUUUUCGAUCCUAA